AUGUCGCCCUAUAUCGGAGGUGACAGUUCUUCUAGCGCCAGUGGAGCAUCGACCCCUUCUGCCGUGGUCCAAGUCGAUGACACCUCAAAGUAUGAACCGAUCGCCAUUGUUGGAAUGGGUUGUCGACUGCCAGGUGGCAUUAAAUCGCCCCAAGAUCUCUGGAAGUUCCUGACCGAAGGGCGAUCUGGUCAGUGUGAUGUCCCGCCGUUGAGGUGGAACAUUGAUGGAUUCUACCACCCCAACAGCAGCCGACCUGGAAGCAUGAACACAAAAGGCGGAUACUUCAUUCAAGAUGAGAUUCGCCAAUUUGACAAUGGCUUCUUUGGGAUCAACAAUCUGGAAGCAACAUUCAUGGAUCCUCAGCAGCGUAAGCUGCUAGAAGUCUGCUAUGAAUGCUUUGAGAGCGCAGGCGCUACCCUGGAGGGAAUUUCCGCAGCUAACAUCGGAUGCUACGUUGGCAACUUCACUAUUGAUUAUAUUACCAUGCAGGCGAAGGAGGCAGACUACUUCCAUCGCUAUAACGCUACCGGUAUGGGAACGACCAUUCUAUCCAAUCGAAUAAGCCAUGUCUUCAACCUCACGGGACCCAGUGUGGUUCUUGACACAGCUUGCUCCUCUUCUCUGUAUGCUGUACAUAUGGCUUGCGCCGCCAUUGACGCCGGUGAAUGUGACGCGGCUAUUGCAGCUGGUGCAAAUUUGGUCCAAGCGCCGGAACAGCACCUGGGCACAAUGAAGGCAGGUGUACUUUCUGCCACGUCAACUUGUCAUACAUUCGACGCUUCGGCAGACGGGUAUGGGCGUGCUGAUGGAAUCGGUGCGGUUUAUCUCAAGAAGCUAAGCAAGGCUCUUGAAGAUAAUGACCCCAUUCGAGGUAUCAUUCGUGGAUCAGCGGUCAACUCCAACGGAAAGACCAACGGAAUCACCCUCCCCAGUUCUGACGGGCAAGAAGCUGUUAUUCGCAAGGCCUACGCAAAAGCCGGUCUAGAAUAUAAGUACAACGAAACAAGCUACGUUGAAUGCCAUGGAACUGGAACUGCCGUUGGAGAUCCUAUCGAAUUAGAAGCCGUAUCUCGAGUGUUCAAGAAACGGCCGGUUCAAGCUCCCCUGCAUGUUGGCUCUGUCAAGACGAACCUCGGCCAUUCAGAGGCGGCAUCGGGAUUCUCUAGCAUUUUCAAAGUUGCAAUGGCGCUCGAGAAGGGCGUUAUCCCACCGACUAUUGGCGUCAAGGAAAUCAAUCCUAAGAUUAAGGUGCAGGAGUGGGGAAUCAAGAUCGUCACGGAAUCGACAAAAUGGCCAGCUAAAAAUGAUCUUUCUAUUGAGAAGCCAACUUGUAGAGCUGGUGUCAACUCUUUUGGAUAUGGUGGUGCAAAUAGCCAUGCCAUCUUAGAAUCCGUUGAAAACUUUGUCCCCCUACGGAAGGGGCUCUCCUCCGAAGCUCUGUCAAACAUGAAGUCGACCUUCAUUCUUCCCGUUUCAGCCAGCUCGGUUGCAUCACUUGAGGGCCAACUGAGCAAUCUAUCUUCGCUAGAUUUUGAGCACGUCAACAUUGUGGAUUUGGCUUACACCCUCGGUGUCCGCCGGUCUAAUCUCUCGUCCAGAGCAUUCACGCUUGCUGGACAGAGUACUCUCCAGGAGAACCUAGCCUCAGAGAGCUUUGUUUUCCCCAUUGAUGGGGUAAGCUAUACCAAGCUUCCUUUCGCUUUCGUCUUCACGGGCCAAGGUGCCCAGUGGGCUCAGAUGGGUAAAGAGCUCAUUGAGGAGGUUCCUUCUUUCCGCAAGACCUUGGUUGAACUUGACAAUGCUCUGCAAAAUCUUCCCCAUGCUCCAAAAUGGACUUUGAGACAGGCUCUCUUGGACCCGAAGGAGACAUCUAAGAUCAACCUUGUCACACGCUCCCAACCUGUCUGUACAGCGAUUCAAAUUGCCUUUAUUCAACUCCUGCGUAAGUGGGGUGUUGAGCCCGAGGCCGUUAUUGGACACUCAUCCGGUGAGAUUGCCGCUGCAUAUGCUGCUGGUCUUCUCAGUGCAACAGACGCGAUUAUCGUUGCCUACUACCGUGGUUAUGUGGUUGGAAAGGGGGGCAUGGUGGCUGCGGGCAUCGGGAAGGACCAAGCGCAGGAUGAGAUUGACAGCUUGGACCUGUCGAAUGUGAUCAAAGUCGCCUGUAUCAAUUCCCCUGAGAACGUUACUAUCAGUGGAGAUGGCGAUGGAAUCGACAAGAUUGUGGCUCAUUUGCAAGGGAAGGGCAUCUUCGCCCGUAAGCUCAAUACUAAUGAUCGUGCAUACCACUCACAUCACAUGGUUCUACUUGGGCAAGAGUACGAAGAUCUUCUUGUCGAUAAUCUGCCGCCUCCCCCGCCUUUCCAGCUGGAUAGCAAAGUUCGAUGGAUCUCAUCUGUGACUGGACAGGUUGUGACUGGAAAGAUCCAUCCUUCUUACUGGAGAGCUAAUCUCGAGUCACCUGUCCGAUUCAGUGAUGCGGUUGAGGGUCUCAUCAAGGGAACAAAAUACCACCUGAUUGAGCUUGGUCCCCACUCAGCUCUCGAACUGCCAAUCAAGCAGACCAUGACCAAGCUGAACGUUAAAGCCGGAAACUACAACUAUUCGGCCGUACUUACCAGAAACAAGAAUGCCGUCACUUGUCUGUUGAACACAGUCGGAAAUCUCUACUUGCACGGCCAUUCAAUUGACUUCGCCCAAGUCAAUUAUGUAGAGACCGCUACAACCUCAUCAGCGCGGAAUACCUCAAAGUAUCCCAUGCACAAACAAGGGAAGGUUAUGACAGAUAUGCAACCAUACACCUGGACAUAUGACACUCUUCUGUGGAGUGAGGGCCGUGAAAGUACUGAGUACCGCGAGCGCAAGUACCCACACCACGACCUUCUGGGCUCGCAGAAGCCGGGAGGCAAUGGACUCCAGACAAUAUGGAGGAACAUCCUCAAAGCUGAAGACAACCCUUGGCUUCUUGAUCACAAACUGGAGGACACUGUUGUCUUUCCGGGAGCGGGCUACAUUGCAAUGGGUAUUGAGGCGAUCUGUCAAGUCACUGGAAGGAAAUCAUCUGAUCCUGGAUCGGUCACUUUACGGCAGUUUCAAAUUCUCAAAGCUCUGCCACUCUCCGCAGACUCAAAUGCCCCGGGCGUCGAGAUCUUCACUCAUAUUCACCCUAUGGCUAUCUCUGCUUCGUCAAUUUCCAAGAAAUGGUGGGAGUUCGAGAUCAGCAGCUACAAGGAUGGGACCACUACCACCCAUGCAACUGGAAAGCUUAGUGUUACUGUGUCACAGGACCUGGUCAAGCCCACUCUUAUCCAAGAAACCCUUGAACUUGAGGCCCUUGCAAUUCGGAACUGGUACGGACAGUUCACCAAGGUUGGACUGAAUUAUGGCCCUAAAUUCGCAGCCCUCGAAGAGAUACAAACCCCGAGGGCCAGGGUUGGUAAACAUUGCCGCGCAAAGACCCAGCUUUUGCAGGGUGGUGGAGAGGGUAAUUCAGCUCAAUCGACAUAUUUGGUUCAUCCCAUCACAAUUGAUGUGAUGCUGCAAGCUGGUAUCAUCGCUAGUACGGGAGGUAUCAUCAAGAAUCUUCGAGCCAAUGUCCCAGUAUCCAUUGAAGAGGCUCAUUUCCAAGCUCCCUCUACUCCACGAAAGGAUUCUGUUUAUAUAGACGCGGAGACAGACAAAAUUGGCUUUGCUUCGUACAUGAUCAACACUUGCCUUUAUGAUAACAACGACAGACCUUGCGUUAUUCUAAAGAAUGUUCGUGUGACUGGCUACCAGGGAGCUGCCCAGGUGACUGAUGAGCUGGAGCGAGAGCCAAUGCUUCGGCUCCUAUGGAAGCCCGAUAUAACCACUCUGUCAAGUGAUGGGCUAGCCCAGUACCUUUCUUCUUGUGCACAGGUUGGCGUUGACCAAUUUGCCGCUAUGGUGGACGUUAUCUCCCAUAAGAAUCCCAGACUGCAGAUUCUGGACCUCACCAACUCGGACAACCUCACAGUAAAGUUCUUGGAUGUUCUUCGUGCGGAGAAAACAUUCAAAAGAUUCCGAUCAUACGCCAGGGGCCAGUUUUCGGAAAAUGACGAGCUUAUCUUGGAGAUUGUGGACGGUAAGCAGCCAUUCUGUGAAGGCAAGCAGGCCAAGUCAAGUGGAAAUGAGAAAUACGAUCUCGUGAUUGUGGGGGAAACUCUAAAUAAUAACCAAUAUUCGCAUUCUCUGGAACUUGUGGCCCCAAGUGGUAUUGUUCUGAAACUGAACUCAAACGUGUCCGAGUCCUCAGAUGAGCUGGUGACUGUCAGUGCGACCACAGCCACUGGGGAGAUGCUAGAGAUGUCUGCUUUUCCCUCUGAUAAGAAGGCAGAACUUGGCUCAGCCAGUGUGCUGAUUGUCGAAGAGACUGCGCAAGAUUCAUUCAACGAUGCGCUGGCUCAAUAUCUCUCUCAUGAAACAGGCUUGGUGGUAAAGCGUGUUCUUCUCCAAGACCUGACUGCCAGCAUCAUUACGCCAAAAUCUCUUCUCAUCUCCACUAUUGAAUUAACUCGGCCAGUUCUCUCAACCCUGACUGGAGAGGAGAUGCAAUUUGUCAAGCUUAUCACAGACAACGCUCAUAGUCUUCUGUGGCUUACUGGUGGUGGAAACAUGGAAGGAACAUUCCCAGAUUUUGCCCUGAUGUCGGGAUUGUCCAGAGCCCUUAUACUGGAACAGCCCUCUUUGCAGAUAACAAUGCUUGAUCUUGAUAUUGUGGAGCCGUCAUCACAGACACUGCAGAACAUAUCCGCCGUUCUAAGUGGGUCUGUUGAAUCAAUGAGCCCAGACUUCGAAUAUACCCAGAGAAAUGGCCUCCUUCACAUCAGUCGAAUGUUGCCAGACGAGGAAAUGAACCAGGCAUUCCGAGACAAGCAGGGCCAAGUGCUGGCUCUCACUCCCUUGGGCGAGACUUCGCCAGCUCGCUUGACUAUUGGAACUGUUGGUCAGUUUGACACACUUGCAUUUAGCCGUGAAGCGCCAGACUUUUCACCUCUAAAGCCAGGGACUAUCGAGAUUGAAGUGAAGUCCGUUGGAUUAAAUGCCAAGGACUUCUAUGCCCUUGCUGGAAAGGUCAAUACAAAAGAAGCCAUGUGCAAAUUAGAGUGCAGUGGUAUAGUGACUCGGGUGGCUGACAGUGGUAUUGAGCGACUCGUGGUCGGUGACCGAGUCGUCACAAUGGGACCAGGUCACUUUUUGACACAUGAGCGACUCCCGGAAUGGGCGUGUCAAAAGUUGCAAGAUGACGAAGAGUUUCACGUCAUGACCAUACUUCCCUUAGUAUUUUCUACUGCUAUCUAUGCCCUGCAUCAUCGCGCCCAUAUCAAGGACGGAGAAUCUGUGCUGAUCCACUCGGCAGCAGGUGGCCUGGGUAAUGCUGCCAUUCAGAUUGCGCAGCUUGCUAACGCGGAGAUUUACGUGACUGUCAGCACCCAGGAGAAGAAAGACUAUCUCGUGAGGACAUUCAAUCUGAAGCGGGAGCACAUCUUCCAUUCUCGGGACUCGUCGUUCCAACAGGCCAUUCUCGCAGCUACUGGGGGCAGGGGUGUGGACAUCGUUCUCAACUCUCUCACUGGUGAUCUUCUUCAUGAUAGCUGGAGGGUCUGUGCUCCGUGGGGGCGGUUCAUUGAGGUUGGAAAACAGGAUAUCGUCGAUGCAGGAAAACUGGACAUGGAAAUGUUCCGACGCAACGUCACAUUCUCCGCCUUCGAUCUCAGCGAGCUUUCUGAUGAGGAUCAGCCAAAGCUUAAUUGUAUCGCUGCAAGCCUGCUUGCCGAGACGUUGUCCCUCUACCGGCAGAAGAAGAUCAGGGCUAUCGAGCCUUUGAAGGUCUUUGAUGUGUCCGAAAUUACGCAGGCAUAUCGCUUCUUUGGACUUGGAAACCGCAUUGGAAAGAUUGCUAUUUCUCUCGAGAACAAGGACUCACUUAUCCCGACUAUUCCUACGAAACACGAUGCGAAAUUCAGUCCAAACAAGACUUUCCUCAUGAUUGGCUGCCUUGGCGGGCUGGGUCGUAGUAUUUCGAAAUGGAUGGUUAAGCGUGGUGCCAGGAAAUUCGUCUUCGUUGGUCGCACUGGGACUGACCGAAAACCCGCACGGCAACUCGUGGAGGAUUUGGAGGCAGAAGGUGCAGAUAUCACAGUUAUUCGUGGAGACGUUGGCAUCUUGGCCGAUGUUCAGAGAGCUGUCGCUGCCAUCAAAGGACCUGUUGGAGGUGUGAUUCAAGCCGCAAUGGGACUCAACGAAGCACUAUGGACUACGAUGUCUGUGGAUUACUGGCACACCGGAAUAGAUCCCAAGCUGAUUGGCUCGUGGAACCUCUACAAUGCUCUCGAGGGCAGAACUGAUGAUCUUGACUUCUUCUUGAUGACCAGUUCCGUGUCUGGCAGUGUGGGAACAGCCACAGAGGGCAACUACUGUGCAGCCAAUUACUUCCUGGAUAUCUUUGCUCGCUUCCUGCGAAGCAAGGGUCUACCGGGCAUUUCCAUUGGCCUAGGCAUGAUUUCAGAAGUAGGAUAUUUGCAUGAGAACCCUGAGAUUGAAGCCCUUCUUCUACGAAAGGGUAUUCAAGCUAUUAAUGAGGAUGAGUUGCUGCAGAUUAUUGACAUCACAAUCUUCAACAAGGACAGCACACCAUAUGAUACUAUGGCAUCCUGUCAUGUACUUACUGGUCUGGAACCCUUGGGUCUCAAGAAUCUUCAGAAGGCUGGAUUCAGCGGUACCAACCCGACUCUUAACGACCCUCGCGCCAGCGUUCUUGCCGCUGUUCUGGACAGUGACAGCGACCGGGAUUUGAAGCAUGGAUCCGGCAUGCCGGCCGAGCUGGCCGCUGCUCUGGAGAAUGGCAAUGAAGAACUGUCUGUUCUUGAGGCUAUCGUUCAUCUUAUCGUGAAGCGCUUCUCCAAUCUCGUUCUCCAACAGGUUGACAAGAUUGACCCUGCCAAGGCUUUGUCUACUUUCGGCAUGGACAGUAUGCUAGCAGCAGAGUUCCGAACCUGGUUCUACCAAGCCUUCAAAGUUGAUGUUCCUUUCCUUACCUUGUUAUCCGCAGAAACUACUCUCCACUCACUGGGUGGUCUUGUCCAUGCAGUAGUUACUGAGAAUCAGAAUUAG